AUGGCCGCUGCCAGUCACUCGGCUCACUCGGCCACGCCCGCUCCCCUGGCCUCGCAUCCCACCACCAACGGCGCCGACCACUACCACCACCAGCAUGCACACCACGACCACCGUCCCGCCCCGACCCCGGCCUCUGUCGCCGCCGCCAACAAGAAGAACAAGAACAAGAAGGCCAUGGACUCCUCCGAGGCUUCCAAGCUGGUCGCCGCCAGGAUCUCCCAGCUCGAGGUCGACAAUGCUGCCGAGAAGGAGCAGCAGGAGGAAAUCGACCGCGAGGUCAAGAAACACAACCGGGAACUGGCCCACACGACGACCAAGAUGAAUGACAUGGACAAAAUCGACCACCUGACCAAAAAGUGUUCCGAGCUGUUUGCCAGCAUGAAGCGUCUGGAGCGUGAGAGUGCCAAGAACAAGAAGCGGGCCGACCAGGUUCAGAAGGAGAAGGACGCCAGUCGCAACGAGGCGAGCAAGCAGACCGGCCUGAAGGAGAAGCUCGAGAAGCUGUGCAGGGAGCUGCAGCGUGAUAACAACAAGCUCAAGAACGACCACCGCUCCCUCCAGGACGCCCACAGCAAACUGAGAAAGGAUUCUGACCGGAGGUUCGAGGAGGCCUUCAAGACGCUCGAGGGCUGGCAGGAGGAGAAGGACAACCCCCGGAAGCAGGUGGUCAACGCCAAGGUCGAGGACCUGAUGCGGGCGCGCUUCAAGUCCCUCAUUGACCAGUACGAGCUCCGGGAGCUGCACUUCCACUCGCACAUGCGCACCAAGGAGCUCGAGGUGCAGUACCACAUGGCCCGCUUCGAGGAACAAAAGAAGUCGGCCGAGGCCGAGUCGAGUAAGUCGAGACAGCUUAAUAACCAGAUCUUGACCUUUCACAAGACGGAAACGGAGCUCCGGACGCAGCUAAAUGUCUACGUAGAAAAGUUCCGCCAGGUAAGCCCCCGUGACUCCUCCCAGCUCCAAGCACUAGGGUUGACUUGUGCUUCCCUCCGAAAGGUAGAGGACACACUGAAUAACAGCAACGACCUUUUUCUAACGUUUCGAAAGGAGAUGGAGGAUAUGAGCAAGAAGACUAAGACGUUGGAGAAGGAGAAUGAGAAGCUCAAGCGGAAGAAGGAGAUCCUCGAAUCCAACAUUGCCAAGAUGGCCCAGGACUGGGACAAGGACAAGAAGAGCCUGGCCGAGAAGGACUCCAAGGGCAUCAUGAUGAGGAAGAUCAUCAACCAGAUGCAGAAGCAGGGCCGCACCAUGCCGCAGGGCAUGCAGGCCGACGCCGACGCCGACGUGGGCGACGACGGCGAGCUGGAAGAGGAGAGUGCCUACGAGGAUGACUACGGCGAGGGCGACGAGGGCAGCGACUUUGACGACGAGACCGAGGAGGAGGUCCACGAGAGCGCGCCCGCUCCACGUCCGAUGCCGUACGGCCCCGAGCCCCCCCCUUCGCGUACCGCCCAGAAGCAGCCCAUCACCAGCACCGCCCCCGUCGCCCAGGCCACGAACGGUCACAUUUAG